UUGGUGAGCCAAUAUUACUUGAAUAUGAUUUGGAUUCAAGAUCAUGACAAAUUAAGAAACAUUGAAUUCACACUUCACUUCCAAUAACAAAAACAACAUCAAGUUCAACAAAUUACACACACCAGUUUUCCUCAACCACAACAACAGUAACAAACUUAACAAUGGCGAAAAACUGCUUCGACCCCAAAACGAUGACGUAUUACUCGCCAAGACAACCCAUCCACCUUCCCACCGAUCCCAACCUCUCCCUAACCUCCUUCCUCUUCCAGUCCACUUCCUCCCUCCUCGACACCGUCGCCCUCGCCGACGCACAAACCGGUGACUCCCUAACCUUCCGCCAACUUGAAACACAAGUCACCGCCCUCUCCCGCUCCUUACUCCGCCUCGGCAUCCAACGAGGCGACGUCGUUUUUCUAUUCGCACCUAACUCCAUACGCUUUCCUGUAUGCUUCUUAGCUAUAGUUUCCAUAGGUGCUAUUGCCACCACCUGUAGUCCUUUAUACACCGUCUCCGAACUCACCAAGCAAAUCCAAGACUCCAAUCCCAAAAUCGUCGUUACCGUAUCAGAGCUUCUACACAAAAUCGAACAAGUACCCUUAGAUUUACCUUCAAUAUUGCUUGACGAUUCUUCAACCAGAGUAUUAUCCUCGAAAAUAUUCAGUUCUUUGGUUUGGGACUUCAAGGAUCUUAUCAGAAAGUCAAACAAUAGACCCGACGAGAUUCAUGCAAACGCUGUCGUUUCGCAAUCCGACGUGGCGGUGAUUCUAUACUCUUCAGGAACCACCGGAAGAAGUAAGGGAGUGAUGCUGACUCAUCGAAAUUUCAUAGCAGCCGCGUUGGCGGGAGUGGCGGAUCAGGAACACUACGGGGAAGGGAAGAAUGUGUUCUUAUGUUUGGCGCCAAUGCAUCAUGUGUUGGGAUUGGGAAUGAUAUCGUACACGCAGCUGCGGAGAGGGGAUAUGGUUGUAUCGAUGGCUAGAUUUGAACUCGAGAAGACUUUGGCAGCUAUCCAGAAGUUUAGGGUGACACAUUUGUACGUUGCUCCACCGGUGAUGAUGGAGCUGAUCAAGCAGCGUGAUGUUGUGAGCAGUUAUGACUUGUCGUCGCUGAAACAACUUGCCGGAGGGGCUGCUCCUUUGGGAAAAGAUGUGAUGCAAGAGUGUGCUAAGAUUCUACCCCAAGUUGAAAUCAUCCAGGGUUAUGGCAUGACAGAAGCAUGUGGACUUAUUUCUUAUGAAAAUCCGAACGAAGAAUGGUUCGUUUCUGGUUUAGGAUCAACUGGAACACUAGUUCCAAAUGUAGAAUCCAGAAUUGUUAGUUUGGAAACAUUUAAGCCUCUUCCACCCAAUCAAUUAGGGGAAAUUUGGUUUAGAGGACCUAUUAUGAUGAAAGGAUACUUUAACAAUCCAGAAGCAACAAAACAGACCAUUAACGAUGAGGGCUGGCUGAUUACAGGAGAUCUUGGAUAUUUUGAUGAUAAGGGGCAGCUACUUGUUGUGGAUCGAAUAAAAGAGCUUAUCAAGUGUAGCGGAUAUCAAGUGGCGCCGGCUGAGCUUGAAGAUUUACUGGUUUCUCACCCUGAAAUUUCUGAUGCUGGGGUGAUCCCAUCCCCUGAUGCCAAAGCUGGCGAGGUUCCGGUGGCUUUCGUAGUUCGCACACCCAAUAGCUCGAUAACCAAAGACGACAUUCUGAAGUUUGUAGCAAAACAGGUUGCACCAUACAAAAGGUUGCGGCGAGUGAAUUUUAUAGAGAGAAUUCCAAAGUCACCCACUGGAAAGAUCUUAAGAAAGGAUCUUGUAAUUUUGGAUAGACAAAAGAUAUCAAAGUUAUAGGGUAUUAUUGCCUUGGAAGACUCUGAUCUACAUAUUAUGGUGAUAAAGAAAGAGAUGUGAAGGUUCUGGUCUCUGGAUAACAUGUAACACGGGUGACUAAGAUGUGUUUUCUAGAAGGAGUGCUAUUUUUUUUCUUGUAGAAAAAUAAAAGAGUUAUGUACUGAGAACCUUGCCAUUAAAAAAAAUGUACUGAGAAUUUAUUUUUAAACUCAGGCAUAUAUUAAUAAAAGCAAAGUUCUCAAUUCUCAAUAGUUUACAUAUUACGGAUCAGGAUGGUCUCAUGGGACAUUUCCACUGGA